UUAAAGAAAUUUAAUUUUAUACAUUUCAGUUUAAUAUUUUUUAAGUUAAAAUUUGAAUUAUCAUAAAAAUAUUAAGACACGUACUUUCUCUUACUAUAAAAUUUAAAAUUUUAAUUAUGUAACCGUUCAUAUUUUAAAAUGGGAUCUUUUUAAAUUAAAUCUAUUUUAUGAUAAAUGAAUUAUCAACCAAAAAUCAAAGUAAAUUACCUAGUCCGAAAAUAACAAAUCACCCAUAAGAUAAAAUUACCUUCGAAAGUUCCCCGUUCUAGAAGCAACUCUCUUCUCCAGAAGGGCUUUGGAAAAUUCAAUCAGUCAUGGUGUCCCGGCAAAUAAGAUACCCGCGUACCAUUUUUUGAUAUUUUUCGAAGCAAACAACAAUAAUGAAAUUUAAGAAAAAUAAAAAUAAAAGUCAACAAACAAGCCAAAAAGUGUUACGUUCAAAGUCAUCGUUCAAAGUUGGGUCUCUGUAUAGAAAAAAAAACUCUUACCUUCACACAUUUUAUUAAACCUACAACUCAUCUUCCUUUCUCUUCAUUUUUAUUCCAUUUUCAUAUCAAACUUUCAACAUUUCUACAUUCUUUAAUUCUUUUCUUCCUUCAAAUAAAAAAAAUCCCUCAAAAAUCUCCAAGAAACCAAGUGUGUUCUCCAAGUAUUCUUCUUUCACUUGGCUUUCUUGUAAGAUUAUAAAUUCAUUUAUAAGAAAACCCAUUUUUUCAGACAAAGAAAACGACCAAUAGCUAUGGCAGGAGGUGGUCGGAGAAGGAGAAGAUUACAUAUAAGCAGGAUCUAUUCUUACACUUGUGGUAAGUCAAGUUUCAAAGAAGACCAUUCCAACAUAGGAGGACCCGGUUUCUCUCGGGUCGUCUACUGCAACGAACCGGGUUCUCCGGCAGCUGAACGCCGUAACUAUGCCGGAAAUUACGUCCGAUCUACUAAAUACACCGUCGCUUCUUUCCUCCCGAAGUCUCUCUUUGAGCAGUUCCGUCGCGUAGCUAACUUCUACUUCCUUGUCACCGGAAUCUUGUCGUUGACUGAUCUUGCUCCUUAUGGAGCUGUUAGUGCUCUCUUACCUCUUGUUCUUGUCAUCUCUGCAACAAUGGUUAAAGAAGGUAUCGAAGAUUGGCGCCGGAAACAACAGGAUAUUGAGGUGAAUAAUAGAAAAGUGAAAGUACACGACGGCAAUGGAAUAUUCCGGCAAGAGGAGUGGAGUAACCUAAGAGUAGGUGACAUAGUAAGAGUCGAAAAAGACGAGUUUUUUCCAGCGGAUCUUUUGCUUCUGUCAUCAAGCUACGAGGAAUCUAUUUGCUAUGUAGAAACGAUGAAUCUUGAUGGAGAAACGAACCUGAAAGUGAAACAGGGGCUUGAUGCCACUUCGUCGUUGUUACAUGAAGACUCCGACUUCAAAGAUUUCAGAGCCGUUGUUAGAUGCGAAGAUCCAAACGUGAAUCUUUAUAUGUUCGUUGGGACUUUGGAGCUUGAAGAAGAGAGGUUUCCUUUGUCGAUUCAGCAGAUUCUUCUACGUGAUUCGAAGCUUAGAAACACAGAGUAUGUGUAUGGGGCUGUUGUUUUCACCGGACAUGACACAAAGGUGAUACAGAACUCAACUGAUCCUCCAUCAAAGAGGAGCAGGAUCGAGAGGAAAAUGGACAAGAUCAUCUACUUAAUGUUCGGUCUGGUUUUUCUAAUGUCAUUCGUUGGAUCAAUCAUCUUUGGAGUCGAAACAAGAGAAGAUAAACUCAAAAACGGAAGAACAGAGAGAUGGUACUUGAGACCAGACAGUGCAGUGAUCUUGUUUGAUCCAGAGAGAGCUCCAAUGGCUGCAAUCUACCACUUCUUCACCGCAGUAAUGCUCUACAGUUACUUCAUCCCUAUAUCUCUCUAUGUUUCUAUCGAAAUCGUCAAAGUUCUUCAGAGCAUUUUCAUCAACAGAGACAUUCAUAUGUACUACGAAGAGACCGAUAAACCCGCGCAGGCACGGACCUCGAAUUUGAAUGAAGAGCUUGGUAUGGUUGAUACCAUUCUCUCCGAUAAAACCGGGACUUUGACAUGUAACUCUAUGGAGUUUAUCAAGUGUUCUAUAGCCGGUACGGCUUAUGGACGUGGUAUAACUGAGGUUGAGAGAGCUAUGGCUGUGAGAAGCGGCGGUUCGCCUUUGGUUAAUGAAGAUUUGGAUGUUGUUGUGGACAAGGUUGGUCCUAAGGUUAAAGGGUUUAACUUCGAAGAUGAAAGGGUUAUGAAUGGGAACUGGGUGAAGCAGCCUGAAGCUACCGUGUUGCAGAAGUUUUUCAGAUUACUUGCCGUGUGUCACACGGCGAUACCUGAAACUGAUGAGGAGACGGGGAAUGUAUCUUAUGAAGCUGAGUCUCCUGAUGAAGCUGCGUUUGUUGUUGCGGCAAGAGAGCUAGGGUUUGAGUUCUUUAACCGGAAACAAAACGAGAUCUCCUUUCGUGAAUUGGAUCUUGUAACAGGAGAAAAAGUCGAGAGGGUUUAUAAGUUGCUGAACGUUCUUGAGUUCAAUAGCUCGAGAAAGAGAAUGUCAGUGAUUGUUAGAGACCAUGAUGGGAAGCUCUUGUUGUUGUCUAAAGGAGCUGACAAUGUAAUGUUUGAAAGACUAGCAAAGAACGGUCGUCAAUUCGAGGCCAAGACCCAAGAACAUGUAAACCAAUAUGCAGAUGCUGGUCUAAGGACUUUGAUACUGGCAUACCGCGAGGUCGAUGAGAAUGACUACAUAGAGUUCAACAAGAGCUUCAAUGAAGCUAAGGCUUCAGUGAGUGAGGAUCGUGAAGCUUUGAUAGAUGAAAUCACGGAUAAGAUGGAACGUGACCUCAUUCUCCUUGGUGCUACUGCUGUUGAGGACAAACUUCAGAAUGGGGUUCCGGAAUGUAUCGACAAACUUGCUCAAGCAGGAAUCAAGAUUUGGGUUCUAACUGGAGAUAAAAUGGAAACAGCUAUCAAUAUUGGAUUUGCUUCUAGUUUACUAAGACAAGAGAUGAAACAGAUCAUAAUAAAUCUUGAGACACCACAUAUUAAAUCCUUGGAGAAAUCUGGAAUAAAAGAUGAAAUUGAAUUGGCAUCAAGAGAAAGUGUUGUGAAGCAAAUAGAAGAAGGAAGGGCCUUGCUUGCUGCAUCAGGUGCAAGCUCUGAAGCAUUUGCCUUGAUCAUAGACGGGAAGUCCCUAACUUACGCCCUAGAGGAUGAAGUCAAGAACACGUUUCUUAAUCUUGCUACUGGCUGUGCCUCUGUGAUUUGCUGCAGAUCAUCACCUAAACAAAAAGCACUGGUUACAAGACUGGUUAAGACCGGAACUGGAAAAACAACCUUAGCAAUUGGAGAUGGAGCAAAUGAUGUAGGAAUGCUUCAAGAAGCUGACAUUGGAGUAGGAAUAAGUGGUGUUGAAGGAAUGCAAGCAGUGAUGUCUAGUGAUAUCGCCAUUGCUCAAUUCAGAUAUCUAGAACGUUUAUUGUUAGUCCAUGGUCAUUGGUGUUACAGCAGAAUCUCAUCUAUGAUAUGUUACUUCUUCUACAAGAAUAUCACUUUCGGUGUUACGGUGUUCUUAUAUGAAGCUUACGCUUCCUUCUCCGCACAACCAGCAUACAAUGACUGGUUCCUCUCUCUUUUCAACGUCUUUUUCUCUUCUCUCCCCGUAAUUGCCCUUGGAGUCUUUGAUCAAGACGUCUCAGCUCGCUUCUGUUACAAGUUCCCUUUGCUAUACCAAGAAGGUGUGCAAAACAUUCUCUUCAGCUGGAAAAGGAUCAUAGGAUGGAUGUUCAAUGGAUUCAUAAGUGCCCUAGCCAUUUUCUUCAUCUGCAAGGAAUCUCUAAAACACCAGCUAUUCGACCCAAACGGCAAAACCGCUGGUCGGGAAAUCAUGGGGGGAUUAAUGUACACUUGUGUCGUGUGGGUGGUGAAUCUCCAAAUGGCUUUAUCAAUAAGUUACUUCACAUGGGUCCAACACAUUGUGAUUUGGGGAUCAAUUGCAUUUUGGUACAUCUUCCUCAUGAUCUAUGGAGCUAUAACCCCAAGUUUCUCUACCGAUGCUUACAUGGUCUUCCUUGAAGCCCUAGCUCCUGCUCCUUCCUACUGGCUCACCACUCUCUUUGUGAUGAUCUUUGCUUUGACACCUUACUUCGUCUACAAGUCAGUGCAGAUGAGGUUUUUCCCUAAAUACCAUCAAAUGAUUCAGUGGAUUAGGUACGAGGGUCACUCUAAUGAUCCUGAGUUCGUUGAGAUGGUGAGGCAGAGGUCGAUUAGACCCACCACCGUUGGAUACACGGCGAGAAGAGCUGCUAGUGUACGGCGCUCCGGUCGGUUUCACGAUCAGCUCCAUAAGGAUCUUGUUGCUUUCUGAAAAGUAUAGAUGUGAAUCUAUGUAAAUAUAUAUAUGUACAUCUCUAAUGUAGAGAUUAGGGCUUCUUUUAUUGAGAUUUCUUGUUAGAGAAGGCGUAUGUAAUUCACUUCACACACACGGCAACAUUUUGUACAUAAACUUUUCAUCUCUAAUGUAGAGAUCAAUGUUUUUGUCUGAUUGUAUUUCUUGAUUGAAUAAUAUAGUAAAAUAAUUUCAAACG